AUGGGUUGGAAAUCAAUGUUAUGGCCCGCUGAGUACGAUCCUUCAGGCCGGUUCAAACGGGGAUCUCAGAUAGCCAAAUUAUUGGAUCAUGCUAAGAUUCCCUAUGUGGCCUGCGGAGAUUUGAUGGACGGGCAUUACGAGAUAGAGCAUCUUGCGACUUCUAUUUCAAUUUGCUUCGUGGUUCCAGACGAUCGCCUGGAUGCCGCUAUACGAGCGUUGCGAGUUGCUGGUUUAUCCGAGAAUCCUUGUACUGCUGGUUGGUCUGGUUGCUGCUGGGCCAAUCUCCCAACUGAUGUUGACGAUUAUGCGUUCCCGUGGCCUGCCAAACACUUCCAUCACUAUUUGAACUCCAGACUGUGCUACCCUGUCGGUCUGCUCCGGAAGUCCCAGUGGCUCUGGCUCAUGCCCGAUCUUCCCCUUGAAUUUCCUGAGCCCAAUGACCCUAAUUUCAUUCUCUCUACAGACCGCCGUCUUCCUUAUUGGGAUAUGGAUGGUUAUGGCAACUCCUUCUAUCCCAUAAAGCUGCUCACUCCAGCGCGAUGGAUAGAGUCAUUGUUUAGUCUGCAUAUCAGAGAUUUGAGUACAGACCAAAGAUUUCACGAAUACUGGUACCAUCAUAUUGUGGAGUUUAAUGAACGACUUGCAAGGCUACUUCCUCCGGAACUUUUUCACAUUGACCUCAUUCAACCACCUUUUCGCACCUUAUAUAUAGAGCAAACGGACAGGCGUAACACAGUGAACUACAAGCACUUGUUGAUGGACAGGUUGUGGGAAGAAUGGCAGGAAGCUGGUUCUAUGCCAGACCCUGUUUUCCCGUUCGAUAGCGAAAGGUAUAAGAAGAGUCUCGAGGACAGAAGGUUGUGGUUAGAGGCAGACUGGAUUUUUGAGAUCAUGUCCAGUUAA